CGCCUCCUCAUUAAGGCAUGGCACAUUUUUUGGGUGGAAGGUAGACGCUAGUAGCUUUCCGUUCAUAGUAGGCUACCACCGCCGGAGCGGCCGAGUACCCAGCGUCUGACUGUAGGCUAAUGAUGUCCUUCCACUGAAUACAACACCGACAGUUUUGACUGCAUUGUCGCGAUUAGCUGUUCCACAUUGGGACUUCUUCUAAACUGAAUCAAAGCUGGCUUUAGCUGUCUACCUUUCGAUUCUGUCUUUCUAUUCGCUAGACUUCCUACUCGCUUGGCCACUCAUCUUUCCCGCAGAUCCCCUGCUGCAGUCGACAAAUAAAACCGAUUAUUCGCGGAUUGCGUUUACAUCUGGACACGCUCGGGAGAUUUGAGGCCUACUGUUAGCCUAUCUCUACUGUAAAGAAGAAAACGUGUCUACGUGUUUUUGCGACUAUAUAAUGCCGACACAUCUGCGAUUUCGAAGAAGGUCAUUCCUUGGGCUUAUAUUCCUCUUCUCACUGUCCACCACCGCAUUAUACUUCAUCUAUUCAGCGCCUGGUAUCGUAAAUGAGUACCUGUUUAUGGUGCAGGCCACAGGGAUUCACAUCAAGGACAACGUGAAGAAUAUCGGUGUUCAGGUUCUAGAGCAGGUGGUCAGAGGUGGUUACAAUAUCAAUGGGACAGAUUAUGCCUAUGACUUCAACCUGAGUGAGAGUGAUGUGCCGCCCACCACAUACCUCCCCGACAGCUUCACCUAUUUGUCCUCACAGAUCUGCCCAGAGAGACUGCCCUCCAUGAAGGGGAGGCUGGAGGUGAAUAUGAGUGAGAUGGCUCUGGAGGAUGUGGAGAGGGUUCUGUUGAAUGCUGAGCCUAGCAUGACCCUGGGGGGCUACUGGAAGCCCAGGGACUGUGUCCCACGCUGGAAGGUGGCGAUACUGGUCCCAUUCCGAAACCGCCAUGAGCACCUGCCCAUAUUACUCAGACACCUGAUACCAGCACUACAGAGACAGAGGUUACAGUUCGCCUUCUAUGUUGUAGAGCAGGUUGGUAGUGAGCCCUUCAAUAGGGCUAUGUUGUUUAACGUGGGCUUCCGGGAGGCUAUGCGGGACCUGGACUGGGACUGUAUGGUGUUCCACGAUGUAGACCACAUGCUGGAGAACGACAGGAACUACUACGGCUGUGGAGACAUGCCUCGCCACUUCGCUGUCAAACUCAACAAGUACUCCUACAUGCUUCCUUACAAUGAGUUCUUUGGUGGCGUCAGUGGUCUGACAGUGGAACAGUUCACCAAGAUCAAUGGCUUUCCCAAUGCAUUCUGGGGCUGGGGAGGAGAGGACGACGACCUUUGGAACAGGGUGCAGUAUGCUAACUACACGGUCAGUCGGCCGCAUGGAGAGUUGGGCCGUUACAUGUCAAUCCCACACCACCACCGUGGCGAGGUGCAGUUCCUGGGAAGGUACACUCUUCUAAGGCGCUCUAAGGAGAGACAGAGUCUGGAUGGGCUCAACAACCUGCAGUACUCCCCCCUAUUAUCCCGGAGGCCUCUCUACACCAACAUAUCAGUCAGCCUGAGCAGGAAGCUAGCCCCUAUAGCAGACUAUAACUGACCAGGAAGCAGCGGGCCGCACAGCCCUCUGGGGAAAUGAAGUCAUUAUGGACGUCAGCCAUAUCUCACCAGUCACAGCACUCCUUAGGACUUUUUAGUUAAUUUACUUUGAUUCAGUUUUUUUAAGCAAAAGAAGAAGACAUGCAGAACGGUGUUGAUUGAUCAAUCCUCGUGACGUGUAAGGAGAAAGCCGCACUCGUUUUGUGCUGUGGUCCAUCAAUCGUUUCUAUCAUCCGGGCUUCUCCACUUUUCUGUCUCCACCUGCCUUCCACACCAUUUUGGGCCUUUAGCAUUCAUUCUUUCAUUCAUUUGUUCAGUAAGUCAUUAAUUCACUCAUGGAGACGAUGGCAACUGUAACCAUAACAGGAACACGUUCCCUCUAUAGGGCUGUGGUGUGGAGGGGACAGUAGUGUAGUUUGUGUAUGUGGCUGAAGGAGUUAGUUUGUACACACACACAAAUCUGCUGACACGGUCCCUAGGCGUUGAUUUUAUUUUGACCUUGAAUAUUUGACAUGAAUAUUUUUCAUUGAUUUAUUAAACCUGUGAACAACAGACACGCACAGAGUAGGUCCUCACAGCUGGCUCUGUGUAGGACAUGGAGGGGGAGAGAGGGAGGCUGUGGACAAAGGUAUAACAUUAGCUUGAGAGUGACUUGUGUGCAGAGUGGCUGACUGGUCACAGCAAACUGCACAGUAGACACACCUUUAGCUAAAUAAACAUACUAGCCUAGCAAAUUGAAAGUCUUUGACAGUGUGAGUGAGAGAGGGAUAUCUAUGUAUGUGUGAGAGAGAGAGGGAUAUCUAUAUAUGUGUGAGAGAGAGAGGGAUAGCUAUGUAUGUGUGAGAGAGAGAGGGAUAUCUAUAUAUGUGUGAGAGAGAGAGGGAUAGCUAUGUAUGUGUGAGAGAGAGAGGGAUAGCUAUGUAUGUGUGAGAGAGAGAGGGAUAGCUAUGUAUGUGUGAGAGAGAGAGGGAUAUCUAUAUAUGUGUGAGAGAGAGAGGGAUAGCUAUGUAUGUGUGAGAGAGAGAGGGAUAGCUAUGUAUGUGUGAGAGAGAGAGGGAUAGCUAUGUAUGUGUGAGAGAGAGAGGGAUAUCUAUGUAUGUGUGAGAGAGAGAGGGAUAGCUAUGUAUGUGUGUGAGAGAGAGAGGGAUAGCUAUGUAUGUGUGUGAGAGAGAGAGAGAGGGAUAGCUAUGUAUGUGUGAGAGAGAGAGGGAUAGCUAUGUAUGUGUGUGAGAGAGAGAGGGAUAGCUAUGUAUGUGUGUGAGAGAGAGAGAGAGGGAUAGCUAUGUAUGUGUGAGAGCGAGGGAUAGCUAUGAAUGUGUGAGAGAGAGAGAGGGAUAGCUAUGUAUGAGUGAGAGGGAUAGCUAUGUAUGUGUGUGAGAGAGAGAGGGAUAGCUAUGUAUGUGUGUGAGAGAGAGAGGGAUAGCUAUGUAUGUGUGUGAGAGAGAGAGGGAUAGCUAUGUAUGUGUGUGAGAGAGAGAGGGAUAACUAUGUAUGUGUGUGAGAGAGAGAGGGAUAGCUAUGUAUGUGUGUGAGAGAGAGAGGGAUAGCUAUGUAUGUGUGUGAGAGAGAGAGGGAUAGCUAUGUAUGUGUGUGAGAGAGAGAGGGAUAGCUAUGUAUGUGUGUGAGAGAGAGAGGGAUAGCUAUGUAUGUGUGUGAGAGAGAGAGGGAUAGCUAUGUAUGUGUGAGAGAGAGAGAGGGAUAGCUAUGUAUGUGUGAGAGAGGGAUAGCUAUGUAUGUGUGAGAGAGAGAUAGCUAUGUAUGUGUGUGAGAGAGAGGGAUAGCUAUGUAUGUGUGUGAGAGAGAGAGGGAUAGCUAUGUAUGUGUGUGAGAGAGAGAGAGAGGGAUAGCUAUGUAUGUGUGAGAGCGAGGGAUAGCUAUGAAUGUGUGAGAGAGAGAGAGGGAUAGCUAUGUAUGUGUGAGAGAGAGAGGGAUAGCUAUGUAUGUGUGAGAGAGAGAGGGAUAGCUAUGUAUGUGUGAGAGAGAGAGGGAUAGCUAUGUAUGUGUGAGAGAGAGAGGGAUAGCUAUGUAUGUGUGAGAGAGAGAGGGAUAGCUAUGUAUGUGUGAGAGAGAGAGGGAUAGCUAUGUAUGUGUGAGAGAGAGAGGGAUAGCUAUGUAUGUGUGAGAGAGAGAGGGAUAGCUAUGUGUGUGAGAGAGAGAGGGAUAGCUAUGUAUGUGUGUGAGAGAGAGAGAGAGGGAUAGCUAUGUAUGUGUGUGAGAGAGAGAGAGAGGGAUAGCUAUGUAUGUGUGAGAGAGAGAGGGAUAGCUAUGUAUAUGUGUGAGAGAGAGAGGGAUAGCUAUGUAUGUGUGAGAGAGAGAGGGAUAGCUAUGUAUGUGUGUGAGAGAGAGAGAGGGAUAGCUAUGUAUGUGUGAGAGCGAGGGAUAGCUAUGAAUGUGUGAGAGAGAGAGAGGGAUAGCUAUGUAUGUGUGAGAGAGAGAGGGAUAGCUAUGUAUGUGUGAGAGAGAGAGGGAUAGCUAUGUAUGUGUGAGAGAGAGAGGGAUAGCUAUGUAUGUGUGAGAGAGAGAGGGAUAGCUAUGUGUGUGAGAGAGAGAGGGAUAGCUAUGUGUGUGAGAGAGAGAGGGAUAGCUAUGUAUGUGUGUGAGAGAGAGGGAUAGCUAUGUAUGUGUGAGAGGGAUAGCUAUGUAUGUGUGAGAGGGAUAGCUAUGUAUGUGUGUGAGAGAGAGGGAUAGCUAUGUAUGUGUGUGAGAGAGAGGGAUAGCUAUGUAUGUGUGUGAGAGAGAGGGAUAGCUAUGUAUGUGUGAGAGGGAUAGCUAUGUAUGUGUGAGAGAGAGAGGGAUAGCUAUGUAUGUGUGAGAGAGAGAGGGAUAGCUAUGUAUGUGUGUGAGAGAGAGAGGGAUAGCUAUGUAUGUGUGAGAGAGAGAGGGAUAGCUAUGUAUGUGUGAGAGGGAUAGCUAUGUAUGUGUGAGAGAGAGAGGGAUAGCUAUGUAUGUGUGUGAGAGAGAGAGGGAUAGCUAUGUAUAUGUGUGAGAGAGAGAGGGAUAGCUAUGUAUGUGUGAGAGAGAGAGAGGGAUAGCUAUGUAUAUGUGUGAGAGAGAGAGGGAUAGCUAUGUAUAUGUGUGAGAGAGAGAGGGAUAGCUAUGUAUGUGUGUGAGAGAGAGAGGGAUAGCUAUGUAUAUGUGUGAGAGAGAGAGGGAUAGCUAUGUAUAUGUGUGAGAGAGAGAGGGAUAGCUAUGUAUGUGUGUGAGAGAGAGAGGGAUAACUAUGUAUGUGUGAGAGCGAGAGGGAUAGCUAUGUAUAUGUGUGAGAGAGAGAGGGAUAGCUAUGUAUAUGUGUGAGAGAGAGAGGGAUAGCUAUGUAUGAGUGAGAGAGAGAGGGAUAGCUAUGCACAUGGGCUUGUUAGCAUCCUGUUUUCACUGCUUUGAGGGAUUAUCUGAUGUCAGACACAUGUUUAGUGAGUCUCCUAAACUGAAAUGUUCACUGUUCACAUCAUGCCAUGCAGUUUAAGCCUGUCUCCCAAUUGACACCCUUUUCCAUAUAGGCCUGUGUGUUCCAAAAUAAUGUGUAACACUGUAUAGGAAUAGGAUUAUGUUUGAGAGGUAGUCUAAAACUAGAGACCCUGUUAUAUCCCCUUUACCCUAAACAUAAAUGUUUAUUAAUCUAUAGGGUCAUUUGCGAUGGAGCCUGCAGAGGCACUUUCACUAAUGUCUAUUUAAAGAGACACCGCACUGUUUGCAGCCGCUUCGUGUAAUGUCAUUCUGACGUUGGUUCGACACCGUGGCAAUGCUUUCCAGCCCGCUCCCCAUCCUGCUGGACUAUGAUGACGGUGCCCUUAGGCACUGCUCAAAGGUCAGAAAGUAACUGCAGACACAGAUGAAGUCAUUAGCAAGUGGUUAAUCUUUAGCCAGUGUGUAUGUCUGUGUGUGGGAAAAGUCUGAGUACUGGCUUUUGUGUUUGGGUGGUAUGCUACAUGAGACCUCACAAACUAUGGUACAUUCACCGCUCCAAAUAUCUCCAGCAAUUCCAGCCCUUCGUCUUCUCGUGUGUGCAGAUAUGUGUAUUUUUGUAUUUGUAGUUUUUAAGGAUCCCCAUUAGCUGCUGCUAUGGCAACUCUUCCUGGGUCCAAACAAAUGAAGGCAAAAAUAAAACAGUACAACAUUAUUACAGUAGAACAUUUAUAAUCCCAUCAUACGUAUGUGUGUGUGUAGAGUGCAUGUGCUAGCGUGUGUGUGUGGCAGUGUUUGAGUGAAUUUGUUUUGUCACAGUACUGAAGUAACAUCAAAUGUGGUCCUACUGUUGUCUCUGUUCAAAGGCCUAUAUUCCAACACACCGGCCCAUCCAUGUCUCUGUGUCUCCAUAGCUUUAAUAUACUGAUAGUUCAUUUCACACACAUCGCCUUGUCAAAACAUUGACUUUCUUCAGAUUUAUCAUUUGGGAAAAAAGUUUUUUUGUUCUCAUGAUAUGACGGAGGCGGGACCUCCUUUUAUUUAUUUAAUCUUUUAAAGAUGACUUCCUGUGAUUGAUUGAUUUUGUUGUGGUUGAUAUUGUGGUGAUGAUGAUUCAGUACAAAACCUGCUGUGAGACAGGCUGUGUUAGAAGCACUGAAACUUGUGGUUGUGAAAUUGGUGUGAGAUUGGAAGUUCAACCUGUGUGGAAAUAUGUUCUAAAUUAAUCACUGCCCCUAAACUCUAUGCACUUAGAUCUGAUACAAUUAGCAAAAUGGGAACGGCUCCACCAUGCCUUUUUGAAAAUGCUAGUUGGAAUGUCUGCCAUGUUGCUUAUACCUGUCCAAUCCACUUGGAUCUACACACAUGCAUAGAGAUUAGGAUCUAGGGGUUAAUUUUGGAUUUUAUAUGUUCGUUAAUCAGCUGAACCGGCACUGUAGACGUAGGCCAUUUUGUGUGACAACCACAAGAAGAGGAAGACGCCUAAUUAAAGUCACUUCCUCCUGCUAAGCACCUUCUGUUUCUUCAUCGAUAAUCAAUGGUGCUGAUCUGCUUGCCCUUCGAUUGGGGGAGCCACUCACUACGUGCUGCCUGGGAACCAAUCCUGUGUGUAGAUAGCUACAGGAAGUACCCCUCUUAUUGGUUCAUCCUUCCUCUUUUUAAUGUCACCCAACUAGAAGCAUGUGUUUACUUACCUACUGUAGCCAAUCACGUUGGAGGUGCUUAGUGGAGAGUUGUUGACAUUAGCUGCUAGUUUUUCUAAAGUCUUUCUCUUCGAGUGUGUUUGAUUGAAAUGGUGGAGCCUGUCAAUGCCAGGGGCCCAGGUGUCAUUUACAAGAGGUUGUUGUUUUUUGUUUGUAAAUAUUUAGGUUUGUUUGUUUUCAAGCUCUGCUCUGCUCAGAGAGCCUGAGUUUGUCGGCUGGAGUGUUCUGAUUCGAGCCCUAAGGUUUCCACUACUGCUGGAGGAGGAGAGGAAUAUAACCCAGCAGUAGUGCUAACCUGAGGCCUGGGUGUGAAUCCCCCUGCUGUCUGUCACUUCUAGGUUAACCCCAGACCUUCAAGGUUAGCCCCAGUCCAGACCCCGAGGCCUGCAGCCUCUGGUUCUGUUUCUUUGCCUUGAACCAGUGAGUGACCUAGACCUGGGAAACCAAGUAAACAUGUACUGUAGUAUACUCUGUCCUGUCAGUGACAUUGGUUGGUCUUUACAGUGCUGCAGCUCUCGAGGAUUAGGACUGGGGACACCUUGGUUUACAUUUAGUUUAGGCAUGGUCUUACGUCAGAUAGCCCAACGAUUGUCUUAACGGCGUGUCCCGUUAGAAUAACGGCAUCUGCCGGAAGACAAUGGGGUUUAGAUUGUUCUAAAUGAUCCUGUGUCAGUGUGGUGAGCUCAGCCAGGGUGUCCCUUUGCUGCAACGCCCCGGUCUUGUCAGGCUCCUCUCUGACCUAGCAGAGCCAUGAUCUGAUCCAUUCUGUGCCAGUCCAAAUGAAGGGCCCAGCGCUGCUCCUCCCUGGUAUGACUAGCCACUGUUAUUAUUCUGUCUAGAUGUACAUGUAGCAGACUGGAUAAUCAUGGAGGCUAGUCGUCUCAGAGAUAAGCACUGGCGCCCUGACAGACUGGCAAGCCUUAAUAAAAACCUCUUUCGUUUUUUUCAGUGUUUUCACACGCUUACAUUUUUUAUGAGCAAAUCUAUGUAAAUUGAAGGAAAAGGUGCAUAUAAGAUAAAUGUUCACUAUGUAAAUAUUGUGUCUAGUGUUAUUGAAAUUAAAGGUCUUAAAUCCCUACAAAUGCUUAACGAACAAGGGGUUCCGCUGAGUUCUUUCUGGUGCCAUGGACCUGCUUACCCUCAUCAAGCACUACAUAAUCACUUUCACAUUGUUGGUUCCAAACUCAUUGUAGAUAAGGAAUAAUGUAAGGGUUAGUCCAUCAGCAUUAGAACCCAUCAGCAUUCUGGAAUAGUUCCCAUUGUCGUGAAGUAGAUGAUGUGGGUCAUCUCAGUAGUCUAAAGUGGUACGGUGUAGGUGUAGCUUAUAGGCCGUGCUUGACUUGGGGAGGAGCUCACCGGAGCUGAGUACCCGGCACCUCAAAUGUUCUACUGCUUGAGCUCCUGUUCCUCUUAUAGAAUACUAGCUCAAAAGUAUUGUGGAGCUCCUGCACCUAAAUAUAAACAGUACCGGCACCCAAAAUGAGUACCGGAACCUAUAUCAGUCCAAGUCCAGCACUGCUUAUAGGGAGAACUACAUCAGCCAAAAACACCAUUAUGCUUAUAGUAAUGGGACAAGGAAGCCAAACCAUGUUCCAACUGCUACCAACUCCAGAUUAUACACCCCCAAAAUGUGUUUUUGUAUAAAGGCAAAUUAAAAGAUGAAUAAGUCAUUACUAUAUUACUAAUAUAUCUUUCUCUGAUUGUAAGGACUUUAUUUCUCCUUGAAUUGAAGCCAUCUGAAGCCACUUGUAAAAACUCGAUGUCAGCCUUACGUCUGUCUGUCUGGCUGCAUUAUCUUUUGUUUAUUGAACAUUUGUAUGAUGUUUUUUUUUUACCAUCGUUAUUGUCAAAGUACACCAAUAAAAUUAACUUUAAAUGA